AUGGAUCAGCAAGAAUUACCAAUGUCUUCAGGGGUCAAUAUAACAACUAAUGAGCAGGAAAAAAAACAAGCUGUUGCUGUGGAUGAAGAACUUACCAAAGAAAAGGUUACGAUGGGGCGUAAUACUUAUGAUGAGGAAGACUGUAGCUAUAUGCUACGUGUACUCGAAAAGGAUGCCUUCUCGACGGUUGUUUCUGCUUUCCGUGCUCAAGGAAUGCUGAAUGAUUACAAAAGGAUAUUACUCGAACAUCUGAAAACAGCUUUGUUUAUAUCUGAUGAAUCUUAUCACGCUGAAAUACGACAAGCAGCUAAUGAUGAAAUAUUGACGAAAAUAGCCCAAACUUUGAGUCCAUCGUAUGAUACAUAUGCACAGUGGGGAAUCGAAGGCUUGGAUCCAGUACCGCACUAUGACGAUAUUCCCAUUCAAGAGGAUAUUGGUGAUGACAAUAAUAUAGACCAAAAUGUUGCAAAUGAAUUGCUGAAACUUGCAAAGGCACAUAACGAAAAAUUACGAAAUGCAAAUACAGCAUUACAUGAAAUGAUUGCACUACCUAAAGUUCCUUACGUCCCGGAAAGAUUGCGUUUGUUACUGCGCGAAACGGAAAGCGAUUAUGAUGGACGUAUUGAUACACUGCAUUCUGGCAAAGAUGAAAGUAGUUCACGAACUUCUCAUAUAACCUCUGGUCUCCUCAAAACGGAAACACUGCCAUUCGAUGGAACUCAACAGUUCAUAAAAACAGCACAGAGUGCAGAAUUAUAUGCUGGUAAUUCAAACCAAAAAACAUUUUACUAUGACGUGACACCAUCAACAAGUACAGCGCGUCCAAGUUCCCUUGAAUUGACGACUUCCUGCCCAUCUUCCAGUUCUAGUUCAACUCCAGUUAUUACUUCUGCUGAUCAAGCCGUUCUUAUAUCGAAAUCUGGCGUUCAAGAUGAUGAAGAUUUCGAUUCGCAGAUCGCCGGAGAAUGUCUAAGAACAAAAAAACGGAGGCGCGAUUUAUCUGCUACAUGUGCACGAGUGCUACCAUUCAGGUUUCAGUCACCAGCUCCGGGACAGAAAACUAAGCCUGUUCGCGGAAAUCCUGAUCGACGACUACCAAGGCAAUCAUCGCCGUCAGAUAUCUCAAGUUUUACAUCUACGUCGUCAUUACCAAAUAAUUCAGUUAUUGGUGCUCAUCCUUCUCAUUCUCCGACAGCACUUCCAACGCUUCGUACCAUACCCACGAGUUUUUCGGCAAUCAAUUCCGGGAGAUUUCAUCAAGUCCCACAUCUUUUUACCUCAGGAGUGGUCAUAAAACGUACUCGAACAUUAUCGUCCGGAGGGAAUGAGUCUACAAACACUGAUGGAAGUUCUGCCUUCCCUCGACAACUAUCUAAUACUCACCAGAAUAUAUUUAGGAUACAGCAACCAGUACAACGAGCGUAUAUAAGAUCCUCUAGUGGACAACGGUUUUAUACAUCACCAUUAGUAUCAGCCUACAGUAAUCCAACUCGACCUUAUUACGGCAAUCCAAAUACCGUUGUUGGAUUUAUGCGUUCAUUAACGUCGAGUUCGCCACGUCCCUCCUAUACCAUAUCAUCUGGACCAAAUACAUCAUCUGCAUGUCAUUCACAGCCACAAACAAUAACUUCGAGCGAAAUUCAACGUUUAGUUGCUCAAGCUACUGCAUCUGGUCACCCACAACAUUAUCGUACUGUUAGAAGACCACCAUCUCGACCGGUCGUUCUAACCAAUUCAUCACGCUUUUCUGGCACAAAUCAACGUCAGCCAUUUUCGACUUCCGUCGCACCGUUCAUAAAUUUAACAGGAGCAAAUUCGUGUUCUCUGCAGCAACAGCAGCAGCUAACUGUUCAUCCAACACUUCGAGUAACCCACCGUACUCUGCUACCAUCAUCUACAGUUGCAGCAGCAACACAGCGUACACACGCCGUUCCUUCAACAUCACUUGAUGAUAACACCUCCCUCUCAGAUAAUAUGGAGUUACAGCACGUUGAUAGUGCUAACCUGGAAUUCCAGCAAUCCGAUCUAGAUACCAUUACAGCUGUCAAUUCCAUAACACAAGGUUUUAUUUCUGUUUCUAAAUCAGAAGCGGUAUAG